AUGCGACAUUUGUUGACAGGGGUUGUAGAUAUCAAGCCCAGCAAUGUAGAUGUCCAAUUAGCAGAUUUUGGAAGCUCAGUGCACAUGGACUCUCUUCACGCACAACAUGGUGACCCUAGUGGCACACCUUCAAAUGCAAUGGGCCCUGCAACAGACAUUUGGUCUUUUGGUGCGAUGCUUAUCAGUCUUUCUAUGGGGGAUGGCUUUUACAUCUUCAAGCCGGACGUUCCUGCAGACCAUGAUGAGGACGACCUCAGAAUUCUCAUGAAGUCUCAUAGAUGCUUCGGGCCGUUUUCAGAAUCAUACGAAGAAUUUGCCGACCAGCAACGACUGGCUGUCCUUGUUUGGGUCAUGCAGAACAGCCCUCCCGAGACACUGCGACCUUUUCAUCUCACCACAUCCCAAGAAAUUUACCAGGAGGACAAGGUACUAAGAGCAAUGAAGCUUGAUCCUCGGGAUAGGCCGUCAGCACGGCAACUCUUGGAAGAUGGAUGGCUUCAUCAGUUUUAA